AAAUUAUUUAAAUGAGUUCAAAUGAUAAAUAUGAUAGAUAAGUAAGAAUAUGGGGACGUCAUGGAUAAGAGAAGCUAUAAAAUUCAAGAGUAUUAUUAUUAGGGUAAUAAAUAACAUAUAAAAUUAAAGUUGUGAUCCUGUCGGAGUGGAAACCCUAAAGAAUUUAGUAUUACCUGGAAUUGGAUAUGUAGUAAUAAUAGACAAUAAGUUGGUAACAGAUUAGGAUGUAGAAAAUAAUUUCUUUAUUCCUUAUGAUACAAUUGGAUAGAGUAGAGCAAAAGUGGUACUAGAAAAUUUAUUAGAAAUGAAUAUUGAUGUCAAGGGAGAGUGGCAUUAAAUAGAUAAUUUUAAUAUAGAUGGUUAACAAUUUGAUUUAAUUAUUGCAAAUGAAAAAUAAUGCUUAGAAACUAAAUUCAAUUUAAUUGAACUCUAAACAUAUGGAUUUUUAGGGAGAGUUAGAUUGUACUCUCCCAGUUGCUAAAUAAUUGAAACUAAACCAAUGAAUCCAAAGUAUGAUUUAAGAAUUUUUAAUCCAUUUUAAGAGUUGAAAGAAUACUUUGAUUCAAUAGAAAUAGAAGGUGAUGUUGAUUAUGUAGCUCAUAUACCUUAUAUUGUAAUAUUAUAUAAGGCUUUAUAAAAAUAUCAUAAAGAAAAAGGGAAAUAUCCAUCAACAUUUUAAGAGAAACAUAAAGAUUUUAUGUAAGUUAUUAAGAGUCUAUGUGGUUAACUUGAAUUUUAAUAUUAAGGAAAUUUUUAUGAGGCAAUAGAAAACAUAGAUUAAGCAUUUGAUAAUGAUAAUUGGAAGAAUUGUCUUGAAUAGAUAGAAAUAGAGUAAAAUGAUGGCGAAGGGUAUAAAUAUAAAUUUAGUACAUUAAUAUCAGCUCUUAGAUAAUUUGUAUUAAUUCAUGGAGCUCCUCCUUUAGGUAAAGCAUUUCCAGAUAUGAAAUGUUUUACUUAGACAUAUGUACAUUUAAAAAAUAAUAUAUAUGGAAUUAAAGUGGAGAAAGAUUUUUAAAUAUUUAAAGAUCUUUGUCAAAAUAAAGUAGAUGAUGAAACAAUAAGAUUAUUUAUUGAGAAUAUCUAAGAAUUAAAAACAAUAAAUUUUCGUAGUAUUUAAUAAGAAUUAGAUUAACCUAAUUAAGUAGAUGAUUAUGAAAAUGAUUGUUACAUCUGGUAUAUACUAUUGAGAUCAGUAAAUGAGUAUUAUCGAAUAAAUACAAAAUGGCCAAGUUAAAAUUAAGAUGAUAUUUAAUAAUUAAAGGAAAUAGUAGAAAUAUAAUGUAAAUUGGUUGGAGUAGAUAAUGUUCCUUAAUCAUAUAUUUAAGAGAUCUGUAGAUAUGAAGGAUCUAAAUUACAUAUGAUUGCAUCAGUAUUAGGAGGAAUGGCAUCUCAAGAAGCUGUAAAAUUAAUUACCAAUCAAUUUGUUCCUAUUAAUAAUACAUUAAUAUAUGAUGGUUUAAAAAGUGAAGCAUCCAUAUUUGAAUUCUGAUUUAUCAAAAAAAUAACACAUAUUUAAUU